AAUACAAAAAAUUGGGCAAAGCAAAGCAACAGAGACCCAAAACCCUUUCAACAGAAUCCCUUUCUCACACACACGAACACGCACAAAUGUCGCUCUCUCGUCACCUGCUCCGGCGAGGCUCCUCCGAUUCCGCCGUCUUCCGUCACUACUCCACCACCGCAUCUGGAUCCUCACUCGCACACCGCCAACAGCACGAAUUCGACCCUCCAAGCUCCUACAUAAACUCCUGGAAGCCGCCGCGAAACCCCAAGGAAGCCAACAGGCAACUGGCAUUACUCCGCCGCGAUUACGACCGCAAAAUGAAGGAAAUCCGCAAGGAUUAUAUCAAUGAAAUGGAGCUGCAGAGAAUCGAGAAAUUACGGAAGGACACGGCGAGAAAAGAGGCGCUGCGGAUCGCCAACGAAGAGAGGAGACUGGCCAAGGAUGCGAAGAAGAAAGCGGAGGCUAUCGAGAGACAGGCUGCUGAAGAAGAGUUCCGGCAGAUGUUGAUGAAAGAAAGAGCAGAGAAGCUUGAAUACUGGAGAAUGAGAGAGAAGAAGAUUGAGGAGCAAAAGAAAGAGAAGAAAGAGCUUUUGCGUAGGCAAAGUUCAAAGUGGAUUGAAGAACACAAUCUAGUGAAGACAGCAGUGAAUGCAGUGUUUGACAAUGUUCCACUCCCAUAUCCCAAGUAGUGUGUGUAGACAGCUUCGUCCAUAGCUCUUUUCGACUUUGGAUCUGAUCGUUAGGCCUGCUCACCUAAUUACUUAUUCAAGUUAAAUGCUGUCACACUUGUACUAGGCGGCUGGGGGAGUUUUUAUAUUUUCAUCCUGGAUUUAAUCCUUAAAUCAUAUGAAGCAUAAUUGCUCUC